CUCAGUGAGUUACAUUGUAUACGGAGCCAACGCCGGGUACAGAUCUGUCCUAGGAUGGCAGUGCCAGCUUCUCUGUUAGUCUUAUUUCUGCUAUCCGGACUAGGCACAGGAGGCACAGAGCGAUAUGAGAUAUAUGGAGAGACGGGGUCAUCUGUGCAGAUCCCAGGCAUGAAAAUCCGAGACAACGAUUACCAUGAGCUGAAAAAAUCUGAUGGGAAAACUGGGUUUGUGGCAAUUUACCAUGGAUCGACACAGCUUCACCAGGAUUAUGAAAACCGUGGCCUCCUGAAAAGUGGUUUCUUUUUGCUUAAAAAGCUGAUGAAGGAGGAUAGCGGGGUCUAUUCGUACUAUGUAAAUAACAAAAUCCAAGUUGAAACCCGUCUAAUUGUCCUUGAUCCAGUGGAGAAGCCCGUCCUGCAGAAAACUGAAGAGGUCGGCAAUGAUAAGUGUCAGAUUGUGCUGCAAUGCAUGGCAUCUAUAGAAAACUUAAAUGUCACUUUCUGGAAAUCUGGACUGCAAAUCGAGAAUGUCAACUUGAGUGUCAACAGUACCUCCUUGUAUCUUAACGGAUCCGACCCACGAACCUCAGGAAGGUAUUCUUGCCAACUUUCAAACCCCAUUAGCCACAGAAUGUCAGAUGAAGUCCAUGUUACAGAUAUUGGACAAUGUAAAAUACCCGGAUCUAAAUUCGGUUAUGUACUACCGAUGAUGAUGAUAGUACUGGGUAUCUUAGGUUUGUCAGGCUUCCUGCUUUGGCGCAUUUGUGUUUAUCUGAAAUCCAGAAAGAAACCAAUGAAGAACUUUCUGAAUAAUCUCGUACACGAACAUAAUUUAUCAAACGAUGUUGGAGUCAGUUCUGCUGAGAGUCCCUUCCUACCUACUGAAAGUCCACCAGUGCUCAGUAAUACUGGGGAUUCCAUGGUCAAUAAUGGAGGAGCACAUGAAGUUAUCCCUCUUGAUGAUUUAGGAGAAAUAGGACAGAGGUCUGCUGGAGACACCAUGGUCAAUGUCAGAGGACCACAUGAAGUUAUCCAUCUUGAUGGUUUAGGAGAAAUAGGACAGAGGUCUGCUGGAGACACCAUGGUCAAUGUCAGAGGACCACAUGAAGUUAUCCCUCUUGAUUAUUUAGGAGAAAUAGGACAGAGGUCUGCUGGAGACACCAUGGUCAAUGAGAGAGGACCACAUGAAGUUAUCCCUCUUGAUGAUUUAGGAGAAACAGGACAGAGGUCUGCUGGAGACACCAUGGUCAAUGUCAGAGGAGCACAUGAAGUUAUCCCUCUUGAUGAUUUAGGAGAAAUAGGACAGAGGUCUGCUGGAGACACCAUGGUCAAUGACAGAGGACCACAUGAAGUUAUCCCUCUUGAUGAUUUAGGAGAAAUAGGACAAAGGUCUGCUGGAGACCCUGUGGCUAAUGGAUGAUAUUUACUGAAAAGUUGUAGUGAUUUUAUUUUCAGGUCUAAAAUAGAUAGUGAUGUUCACUUGCCUUACGUGGUGAGGAUCCUUCUUACACUAUAAUGAAAUGGGUAUUAUAGGAAAGAAGAACAUCUUGGUGGAGACAAGAUAAUACAACAUUGCUAACAUUAUGGGAUGAACAUG